UCGCUCCAGACACUGCUGUAUCCCUCUUUCGUUUUUCCAGCCACGGAAAUCGGUGAACCGAUCGGUGCGCUCUGACUUUUCAGUAGUCUGGGGAUAGGUCGCGUUUAUCUGUACUUUUAACGCGGAUGUACGUGAAGCGGGAACCCACUCACAACUUAAGACAAAACAAGAAUCCUCGCUAAGUGAAUGUAUUGGGUCUGCUGCUGUGCGUUCGGACCAAGCGGAUCCUUCCUCUGCGCGAUCAUUUCCUCCUAUUUGGAGAGCAAGGGUGUUAGUUUUCGAAGUGAAAUCUCAGCAGUUGGUUUACUUUAGGGCCUCGUAACGUGUUGCUCUAGCUUAUCAUGUACUUCAUGUCGAGUUACUGAUAUCUAAAAAAAUCUGUAAAGUGCCGCGGUCAAGCCCAUCACUGUGCAAUGCCACAGUUGUCAAAUUGGAGCCCAGAUGGGGAACAAAACUAAACAAAACCUUAGGCUAUAGCUCGCACUUCUACGGAUCCAUCCAGCACGCACCUUUAUGCCAAAUAACGCAUAGGGGCAAAUCCACGUCACGGAUUUCUCCCUCCAUCUCAAAGGCACAAUAUAGGCACUGAUUUAGUUUUUCUGUGUCAAACUGUAGGCUAGGCUACUCAACGAAAUACCCUUUGCACUACCCAGAUCUGACUGAAGCGGAAGAGGACUGUUUUUUUCUGUCUGAGAUACGGGAUACUGGAUUUACCCGCUGGUGGAGACGGUGAUUGUGUGUUGGUGAGGUGAGCUGAGCAGAGCAAAUGAGCGCUCACUGAUACCAUCUCCUGCGGUCUGACUGCCCUGAGCAUCCGGUUACGUGGAACAGUGGUCAACGGAUCAUGUCUCCACUGUUUCCGUGGUAGCUAAUGCACUUCCGGGUCCAGAAGCUUGUCCACUGAUGUUCAACUCCCACACCUGGCAGAGAGACCCCACACACUACUUCUACAAUACCCACGAUUCCUGUCUGCACAAAGUAAGGACUUAGGUGUUGAAGCCCUUAGGUGACUUGGACUUCCUUGUUUUAAUAUUGAACUAUUUCAGCAACACUAACCAGUUUUUAGUUUACAAUAGUGAUCUUAGAGGGACUGUAGAGGCACUGAGAGACAGUCUGAGAGUAAAGAGAGAAAAACAAAGAACAACAAGAAAACAAAAUGGCCAACAACACGGCGGACCACCCUCCGGGGAACUCUGUUGCCGAUGGCAACCAAGAAGGGGACUUUGGCAUCACGGUGAUCGAUCUCCGGGACCUGAUGGAGUUGAGGAGCGGAGAGGCCGUCACCAAGAUAGCCGACUCAUACGGAGACGUGCAGGGGCUCUGCCGCAGGCUCAAGACAUCGCCCAUCGAGGGUCUGUCUGGUAACCCAGUGGAUCUGGAGAAGCGCCACACAGCGUUUGGGAAGAACUUCAUCCCUCCUAAGCAGCCUAAGUCCUUCCUGGCGCUGGUGUGGGAGGCUCUACAGGAUGUUACUCUAAUCAUCCUGGAGAUUGCUGCCGUCAUCUCCCUGGGCCUGUCCUUCUACCACCCCCCUGGGGGAGAUAGCGAACUGUGUGGUGAGACAGCGUCUGGAGUGGAGGAUGAAGGCGAGGCGCAGGCGGGCUGGAUCGAGGGCGCCGCCAUCUUGUUCUCUGUUGCCAUCGUUGUCUUGGUAACGGCAUUUAAUGACUGGAGCAAGGAGAAGCAGUUCCGCGGGCUGCAGAGCCGAAUCGAGCAGGAGCAGAAGUUCACCGUCAUCCGCAAAGGCCAGGUCAUCCAGAUCCCUGUGUCCGAACUAGUGACGGGAGACAUUGCCCAGAUCAAAUACGGUGAUCUUCUGCCAGCUGAUGGUAUCCUGAUCCAGGGAAACGACCUGAAGAUUGACGAAAGCUCUCUGACCGGUGAAUCAGACCAAGUCAGGAAGUCCCUGGAGAAAGACCCCAUGCUGCUGUCCGGCACCCAUGUGAUGGAGGGUUCAGGUAGAAUGGUGGUGUCUGCAGUGGGUCUCAACUCCCAGACUGGAAUCAUCUUCACUCUGCUUGGGGCGGGAGACUGCGACGAGGAAAAGAAGAUCAAGAAAGGUAAAAAACAAGGACCCCCCGAAAAUCGCAACAAAGCUAAGACCCAGGACGGCAUUGCCCUGGAGAUCCAGCCCCUGAAGAGUGAGGUUGAGUCCGAGGAGAAGGAGCCGGAGGUGGAGGUCAAACAGGUGAAGAGGGUUCAGAUCACAAAGAAGGAGAAGUCUGUGCUGCAGGGCAAACUCACCAAACUGGCCGUGCUGAUCGGGAAGGCAGGUCUGAUCAUGUCAGCAGUGACGGUGAUCAUUCUCAUUCUGUACUUCGUGAUCGACACGUUCGGGGUGCAGGGUCGCCCAUGGCUGAAGGAGUGUACCCCCAUCUACAUCCAGUACUUUGUCAAGUUCUUCAUCAUCGGAGUCACUGUGCUGGUGGUGGCUGUGCCUGAGGGGCUGCCUCUAGCCGUCACCAUCUCUCUGGCCUACUCUGUCAAGAAAAUGAUGAAAGACAAUAACCUGGUGCGUCACCUGGAUGCGUGUGAGACCAUGGGGAACGCUACGACCAUCUGCUCCGACAAGACGGGCACCCUCACCAUGAACCGUAUGACCGUGGUGCAGGCCUACUUGGGAGACACACACUACAAGAAAGUACCGGAACCCGACGUCAUCAAACCAUCCACACUGGAGGUCCUGGUCAACAGCAUCGCCAUCAACUCAGCCUAUACUACUAAGAUCCUGUCUCCAGAGAAGGAGGGAGGUCUGCCCCGCCACGUUGGCAACAAGACAGAGUGCUCCCUAUUGGGCUUCGUGCUGGAGCUGAAGAGGGACUACCAGCCAAUCAGGGAAGAGAUUCCUGAGGAGAAGCUGUACAAGGUGUACACCUUCAACUCAUCCCGUAAGAGCAUGAGCACAGUGCUGAAGAACACUGAUGGUAGUGGCUUUCGCAUGUACAGCAAGGGAGCCUCCGAGAUCGUCCUACGCAAAUGUUCCCGUAUCCUGGACACCAACGGGGAGCCACGUAUCUUCAAGCCUAAGGACCGUGAUGAGAUGGUGAAGGUGGUGAUUGAGCCCAUGGCCUGUGACGGUCUGAGGACCAUCUGUGUGGCCUACAGGGACUUCCCUGCUGAGGCAGGAGAACCAGACUGGGACAACGAGGCCGAUAUCCUCAACGAGCUCACCUGCAUCUGUGUGGUCGGCAUCGAGGACCCCGUCAGACCUGAGGUACCUGAUGCUAUACUCAAGUGCCAGAGGGCUGGCAUCACCGUGCGCAUGGUUACCGGGGACAACAUCAACACCGCCCGUGCCAUAGCAACCAAGUGUGGCAUCCUGUUGCCGGGCGAGGACUUCCUGUGUCUGGAGGGCAAAGAGUUCAACCAGCUGAUCCGUAAUGACCAGGGAGAGGUGGAGCAAGAGCGUCUGGAUAAGGUGUGGCCCAACCUGCGUGUGCUGGCUCGUUCCUCUCCCACUGACAAACACACUCUGGUCAAAGGUAUCAUGGACAGCACCGUCCUCGAGACGCGACAGGUGGUGGCUGUGACAGGUGACGGAACUAACGAUGGCCCCGCCCUGAAGAAGGCUGAUGUUGGAUUCGCUAUGGGUAUUGCCGGUACGGACGUGGCUAAGGAAGCAUCAGAUAUCAUUCUGACUGACGAUAACUUCACCAGCAUCGUCAAGGCUGUGAUGUGGGGCCGCAAUGUCUACGACAGCAUCUCCAAGUUCCUCCAGUUCCAGCUCACUGUCAACGUGGUGGCCGUCAUCGUGGCCUUCACUGGCGCCUGCAUCACACAGGACUCUCCUCUGAAAGCGGUGCAGAUGUUGUGGGUUAACCUGAUCAUGGACACCCUGGCCUCCCUGGCCCUAGCCACCGAACCCCCCACUGAGUCCCUGUUGCUGAGGAAGCCGUAUGGCCGCAAUAAGCCCCUAAUCUCCCGCACCAUGAUGAAGAACAUCCUGGGUCAUGCCGUCUACCAGCUCACAAUCAUCUUCACCCUGCUGUUCGCUGGAGAGAACAUCUUCAACAUCGACAGUGGGCGUAACGCGCCCCUCCACUCGCCGCCCUCAGAGCACUACACCAUUGUGUUCAAUGUGUUCGUCAUGAUGCAGCUAUUCAAUGAGAUCAAUGCCAGGAAGAUCCACGGAGAGAGGAACGUUUUUGAGGCCAUCUACCGUAACCCCAUCUUCUGUAGCGUGGUCCUGGGAACCUUCGUCCUGCAGAUUGUCAUUGUCCAGUUUGGAGGGAAGCCCUUCUCCUGCACGGCUCUGACCAUUGACCAGUGGCUCUGGUGUGUGUUCAUCGGAGUGGGAGAGCUGCUUUGGGGACAGCUGAUCUCCGCCAUCCCCACCCAUCACCUGAAGUUCCUAAAGGAGGCUGGCCACGGCACCCAUAAGGAGGAUGUCCCCGAAAACGAGAUGAAUGAGGGGGACGAUGAGAUCGACCACGCUGAGAUGGAGCUCCGUAGGGGACAGGUCCUCUGGUUCAGGGGCCUCAACCGCAUCCAGACUCAGAUGGAUGUGGUCUAUACGUUCCAGACGGGUCAGACUCCGGUGCCGGGGGCGUUGAGACGCCAGCCCUCAGUGGUCAGCCAGCACAACGACGCCAAAACAGUCUCUAGCCCCACCCACAUUAAGGUGGUCAAUGCGUUCCGUAGCUCCCUUUACCCGGGGCUAGAGAACCGAGAAUCAAAAAAUUCCAUCCAUAACUUCAUGGCCCACCCUGAGUUUGUUCCCCUGUCUGAGGAGGAGGCGCGGAUCCCUGACAUCGAUGAGAGCAGCAGUGAUGAGAUGGAGAUCCAGCACAUCCCCAGCUCCUUCUCUGGGGGGGCAGAAGCUCCAGACGUCAGCCACGAGGCCUCCUGCUGAUCACCUCCUCUGCUCCUCUCUUCCGUUCUGCUCUAUCCAUCCCCCCCGUCGGCCGGCUGGCUACCCUCCUGCACUUCCUCUCUUCAAACACCAGGAGGACAUGCAGUACGCCCCUCAUCCUACAGAGGGUACACCCAGAGCAGGCAAGGGGUCCCAGCGCCUCCCCCUCUUCACCUCCUCUUCCUCCGCCUCCUCUUCCCUCAUCUUUCUGAACCCUACACCCACCUCUCACCUGCCCCCCCACCCACCCCACCUUGCCAUUCCCAUCGGCUUGCACGGACUGUGAUGCGUGUGCCCUUUAAGUAUGUGCAGCAGAGUGACAUGCAGACCAUCCGAUCACAUCGCGCCCCAAACUCAUGGGUGGGAGGGGCCAUGUGGGGUCCACCAAUCUGCUCUGUCGAAGGCUGUAGCCUGUCCUACUGUCCAUCUUUGGAGUUUUAAUAUCAGUUUUCAGAACUGAAACACAACAUGUUUAUCCUCCUGUACGUGCUUAUUACACACUGCAUACACUAACUGACACAGAACUUUAGGAGUAUAUCCAUGUGUACAUUCAUGUAUGUGUACAUACAGUAUAUAUGCUUUAUAGGCUCUUCAACACAGCUCCAAGCUGAUUUGAUGAUCAAAUGAACAUGGGCCAUGUGAUUUAACAGCUUUCAGCUACUGAGUUUUGCCUCUCCAUUUCUCAAUCUGUGUUUUAACUGUACAGUGUGUAUGCAUUUGAUCUGUUUUGAAGCAAGAUGUACUAAUUGGUUAUUCAGUUCAAUCCAGGAACCCAUGUCUUCAUUCAUUCUGAUAAACUACAUAUUUUCAAUGAUGAAGGUUCAACCGUCUAAACAUCUCUCACUUUUUUCUUCUGGGUCCAUUUGACAUGAUUUUAUUAUGAUUUCUCCUUUUUUUAUGGAAGGAAAGUGCAAAGGAUGCUAGUCUAUUUUAACAGAAAAGUGAAUUCUCUUAAAACAACACAUUCAAAGAAAAGCUAGUAGCAGGCUAGAGCCAGAGGGAACCCCCUCUCUGUGGAGUGGCGUCAUAGCAAGACGAUGUGGGAAAAAGGGCCGGGGCAUGCCCUCAUCUGAUGACCUCAUCUCAAUCAGGGUUCUGGUUUUCACUAGCCCGUUGAGAGUAAGUUGACAGCUUACGAUACUGCCUCAAUAUGGAGUAAGAAUAAGAACGUCCGAGUGAAGUGAAUGAUCUUUUUUCAAGGACCAGUUCACCCCCAUCUCUCGUAUGCAUAACGUAUUUGAUCCAGGUUUCAGCCGUGUUAAAUAGAAUGGGAAUUUAGAGAUGGUUUUUGGGGUCAUUAUUGGUUGGGGUUAGGACCUACCUUGUGUACAAGACAGAAAUUGGUAGUUGUUUUUUCUUUAGUCUGUCACUCCUUUUUUCCACACAUAAAAAAACUAAAUUAAUACAUUCUGAUCUAUACCUUAACAAGACAAAUGUACUACUCUUUUUACACUGUUGACAAGCGUUGGGCUUGUUCCUGUUAGCUGCAGCUUGACUGUGUGUGUCGUUAUCGAGUGUCACUGUGUCGGCUUCAGAGUGACACAGGACUAUCGAUCUCUCCCGCCAUGCCUCUGGGAGAAGCAACCAUUAGAGGCCCAGAUAUGAAUCCAAUAUACCCCCUCCCUCCUCACCCUGUCCUGCUCCCCUUACACCCUACCUCCCCCGGCCUGCUAGCAUAGGGACACAACACAUCCCCACAUGUCCUCUCGGGUCAACCCACCUACCAACCAACCCACCAACCACAGAUAAUAGCCUAACAAGAAGAGGAAUACUCUAACAAGAAAAAAACUAUACUCAACCAGAGAUGUGCAUGAGAGCUCCUGUAUUCAGUGGUGUAUGUCGUUGUUUUAAAUGAUGGUAGAAAGAGUGUAAACUUGGGCAGACUCCCACUCCGGCCACCAACUCUGUGACAGAGUGUGACACCCUCAACAGGAUAUGUGCUAUCGAUGUACUACUGCCAUAUUUUCAACCUUAUUUUCAUAUCUAGGUUACUUACUUCGAUAGAACCCUCUGAUGAUACACCUUUUCUACUUACUCAGAGCCAUAUUUUAUAGGUUGUCGUUGUUGUUUUGUACCCCAUCGUUAUUGAGGUUUCCUUUCUAUUCCACUCUGACCCAAAAAAUGAUGGAAGCAAAAUAACGUGUCACUGCCGACUAUAUGUGUCAUGGACUACAACGAUGUUUACAGAACAUAGUCUGCCUGCUGCCGUAAGCCUGCUGCCGUAAGCCUGCCACCGUAAGCCUGCUCGCGCUGCGCCUCCCUCUUCUGGCUGGUCUCCUUGCUUAGUGCAUCAUUAUUGGGAAGCUUUCUUGCAUGAUUUUCAUAUAAACUCAAUGUUUUGUUCAUUUUUUACAAUUCUUCUGUAUUUUUAUAUUUAGUAUUUUUUAAUAUUUUGGAAUAUAUAUGUAUAGGCUGAAGUGUUUUGGUGACAGUACAGUCCAUGAAUGAGAUGAAUCAACAGGGGAAUAUGUUUCUAUAUACAGUAUAUUAAUGCGGCAUUUGUAAACCAUGAUUGGUUGUCCGAUGCUGGGGCUAACAAAGCUAAAAUAAACUGUUUACUCACUUUA